UGCACGUGACAGAGGCUCCUGUUCCGUCUGAAAUGGAGACACUGGAUACAUUCCCAACACAAAAGCAGCCGUCCGCGCAUUCCUUUGUCUAUAGACAUGAGGGCAAUGUCCCAGGAUCUGUGCAGUAGGGACAGCGAGCGUUGGCUGUGCUCUUCGCCUGAUAUCGUACAGAUUGUCCAAUCCUUUCCCCGUCCUUCCUAUGAACCUGAGCUGCACACCAGAGAAGAAUGAAUCUGUACAGCUGCUGUUUGCUGCUGCUGUGCAUCACACCUGACGCUUCUGCAUAUGGACCAGACAAGAGGGCUCAGAAGAAGGGAGAUAUCAUCCUUGGUGGCUUGUUCCCCAUUCAUUUCGGUGUGACUUCUAAUGAUGACGAGCUGGAGUCAAGGCCGGAAUCAAUGGAGUGUGUAAGGUACAAUUUCCGUGGCUUCCGCUGGCUACAAGCUAUGAUCUUUGCCAUAGAAGAAAUAAAUAAUUCUAGCACUCUCCUACCUAAUAUAACAUUGGGAUACAGGAUUUUUGACACAUGUAAUACAGUUUCUAAAGCUCUGGAGGCCACGCUUAGCUUUGUAGCUCAGAACAAAAUAGACUCCUUGAACUUGGACGACUUUUGUAAUUGUUCAGAACACAUGCCGUCCACCAUAGCUGUGGUGGGAGCAACAGGAUCAGGAAUAUCCACAGCAGUGGCAAAUCUGCUGGGGCUCUUUCACAUACCACAGGUCAGUUAUGCCUCCUCCAGUCGCCUCCUUAGCAACAAGAACCAGUAUAAGUCUUUCCUGCGUACAAUGCCUAAUGAUGAACAUCAGGCCACAGCCAUGGCUGACAUCAUUGAAUACUUCCGUUGGAACUGGGUGGGAACCAUAGCUGCUGAUGAUGAUUAUGGUCGUCCUGGAAUUGACAAGUUCCGAGAAGAGGCAGAAGAGCGUGACAUCUGCAUUGACUUCUAUGAGCUUAUCUCCCAGUAUACACCAAAAGACCAAAUAGAAAGUGUUGUAGAUGUUAUCCAAAACUCAAAAGCAAAGGUCAUUGUUGUUUUUUCAAGUGGACCUGACCUGGAGCCAUUGAUUAAAGCAAUUUUCCAACGUAAUGUAACUGGGCGCAUUUGGCUAGCUAGCGAAGCCUGGGCCAGCUCUUCUCUAAUUGCAAUUCCAGAAUUUUUUCAUGUUAUCGGAGGCACUAUUGGUUUUGCUCUGAGGGCUGGGCAAAUUCCUGGAUUCCGUGAAUUUCUACAAAAUGUAGAUCCAAAGAUGUCUAUCACCAAUGGCUUUCUGAAGGAGUUCUGGCAAGAGACAUUCAACUGUUACAUACCUGAUAGUUCUAAAAGCCCUUUCUCAAGUAACCAUGAAGAAUUUUAUAGAGAGGGAAAUACUUCUUCUCAUUUUCGACUUCCAUGUACUGGCAAGGAAAACAUUACAAGUAUAGAGACCCCAUAUUUGGAUUACACUCAUUUGCGGAUAUCCUACAAUGUGUAUGUAGCAGUAUAUUCCAUAGCACAUGCACUCCAGGAGAUUUACACGUGUACUCAUGGGAAGGGUCUUUUUACUAAUGGCUCCUGUGCUGACAUCAAAAAAGUAGAAGCCUGGCAGUUGCUGAAACACCUACGGCACUUGAAUUUCACCAACAGCAUGGGAGAGUUUGUGGACUUUAAUGACCAGGGAGACCUUGUGGGCAACUAUACCAUUGUCAACUGGCAUUUAUCUGAGGAAGAUGGCUCUGUUGUAUUUGAGGAAAUUGGACACUACAAUGUCUACGCCAAAAGUGGAGAGCGACUUUACAUCAAUGAGAGCAGGAUAUUAUGGAGCGGAUCUUCUAGAGAAGUUCCAUUCUCUAACUGCAGCAGUGACUGUCUGGAAGGUACAAGGAAAGGUAUAAUUGAGGGAGAGCCAACGUGUUGCUUCGAAUGUGUAGAUUGUCCCGAAGGGCAUUUCACUGAUGAGACAGAUGCAAGUGCCUGUGAAAAGUGUCCAGAUGAUUUCUGGUCUAAUGAAAACCACACAUCCUGUGUUGCAAAACCCAUUGAGUUUCUGUCAUGGACCGAGCCCUUUGGAAUUGCUCUUACUAUGUUCGCCAUAUUGGGAAUAUGCCUAACAUCCUUUGUUCUUGGGGUUUUCAUAAAGUUCCGCAAUACACCUAUUGUCAAAGCUACCAACCGAGAGCUCUCAUACCUCCUGCUGUUCUCCUUGCUUUGCUGCUUUUCCAGCUCCUUGUUUUUUAUUGGGGAGCCACAGGAUUGGACUUGUCGGUUAAGACAACCAGCUUUUGGCAUCAGUUUUGUCCUGUGUAUUUCAUGCAUUCUGGUAAAGACAAACCGUAUCCUCCUUGUUUUUGAAGCAAAAAUUCCAACAAGCUUUCAAAGGAAGUGGUGGGGCUUAAAUCUUCAGUUUCUCCUUGUGUUCCUUUGUACCUUUGUGCAGAUUAUUACAUGUGUUAUAUGGCUCUACACAGCUCCACCAUUAAGCUACAGAAAUAAUGAGGAAGAUGAGAUCAUUAUUAUCACAUGCUAUGAAGGUUCAUUGAUGGCAUUAGGAUUUUUGAUUGGAUACACCUGUUUGCUGGCUGCCAUUUGCUUUUUCUUUGCUUUCAAAGCAAGAAAACUUCCAGAAAAUUUCAAUGAAGCCAAAUUUAUCACUUUUAGUAUGCUCAUCUUUUUCAUUGUCUGGAUUUCCUUUAUUCCAGCUUAUGCUAGUACUUCCGGGAAGUUUGUAUCGGCUGUUGAAGUUAUUGCUAUAUUGGCUUCAAGCUUUGGGUUGUUGGCUUGCAUAUUUUUUAACAAAGUCUACAUUAUCUUGUUUAAACCCUCCAGAAACACAAUCGAAGAAGUCCGUUGCAGCACUGUAGCUCAUGCUUUUAAGGUGGCAGCAAGAGCAACCUUAAGGCGAAGCAAUGUCUCUCACAAAAGGUCUAAUAGCUUGGGGGGAUCUGCAGGUUCCACACCAUCUUCCUCAAUUAGUAGUAAAAGCCACCCUGAUGAUCAAUCAUGUACAGGAGAAAAGUCCAGAGGGUGCAAACAGAAGGUGAGCUUUGGCAGUGGUACUGUCACUCUGUCUCUUAGUUUUGACGAACCUCAAAGGAAUGCUGUUGGCAACAAAACUAUGAAACAAAAAAACUCACUAGAAGCCAAGAACAGUGACGACAGUCUAAUGAGAAACAAGGCUUUGCUCCCCCAACAAAACAGUGAUGGAGGCAGUGAGUCUAGUUUCAGAACAGCCUCCAACAUCGAUGAAUUGGAGUCCCAAGAGGUGGUGAACCAAAACAAUCCAGAAAAUGAAAGCACAUAUAUCCAGACAACUGAUAUAGAACAUAAAAACAAUGUCCUGGAUGGAACUAUUACAGUUAAUUCUGUAAAUUUGUAAAAACAAAAUAAAAAAAAACACAUUCUUUUAUAUACUGUUACCGAAUGGUAAACAAUAUAUUUUAUAAUUUUAUUCAAUCACAUAAUACUGGCCAAUAAUACAUAACCACCUCUUACUACUGAUCUUGUCAGUGGUUUGAGAGUGGAGAGCAGAGAAUACUGUACAAAAAAAAUUAUCAAACUAUUAAAGAGGUGUUUGUGAUAAAUGCUGUGCACAUACCUGUUAUAUUGAAGAUAUUCUGACUCUGAAGAUGUUCUAAAUCCAUCAAACAUGCUUUUUAUAACAAAGUAGGAGUCUAAAUAUUUAAAAGACAUAUUAUGUUUAUAAACUUAGCUAUAUGCUUUAGAAAAAGUUAUAUACAAUCAGGUAACAUAACUGAACAUGACUGAACCACUUAAAAAAAGGAAAAAAAGAAAAAUGAACAAACUCCAGGCAAAACGCUUAAAUAUGUGCCAUUUGUUCUGGUUUACUCAGUAUUAUGAGGAUGAAAUAAAUAUGGAUAAACUGCUGAUUGGAAGAUUUAUAAACUGGCCUUUCUGGUCCAUCUACGAAUUUCAAAUGAUAUGAAAACCUGUGAAGCUGAAGUGUACAUAUAGCUGUGGAAGCAGUAUUAUUCAAAUAUGUUUGAGAAUAUAGUGUGAUCAUUGUCCUUGUAUAGCUUCACCAUGAACUGAUGGUGUAUAAAAGUGUGUGCUUUCCACAACGAUAUAAUCUCUCUAUUUAUCAGAAUGGUUGUAACAUAUACAAUUUUAUGUCCUGAACAUAAAUAUUGUGUUAUUUGCUUAUAGUGUUUAGUAUUUUGUAAUAAUCUGUUAGUAACAUUAAACCAUUGGUAAGAGGGCAUCCCAAUAAACCGCACAUAAAAUGUU